CGUUCGUACAUUGAUGAUGUUUUCUACAACAAAAAAAAAAAAAAAUAGUAAUAAAAUAACAGUCCCUUUGGUAUUCUAUAGCGUAAUCCUUUAGAUUUUUUUUCUUCUUCUGUACAUAAUGUCUACACGUAUUGACCUCGGCGACGUGACCAAGAAUAACUUGGGCCAAGUCAGAGUACUUCAUAAAACCUUGUUUCCGGUUCAAUACGGCGAGAACUUUUAUAAUGAGUUAUUGGAAGCUGGUGAAUUCGCAAAACUAGCUUAUUAUAACGACGUUUGUGUCGGUACAGUCUGCUGUCGUAGAGAAGUAGACGAAAGCAACUCUGACAAAUUCAAGAUCUACAUGAUGACACUAGGUGUUUUGGAACCUUACCGUCACCUUGGCAUAGGUUCUGCAUUGGUCAAGCAUGUUAUAGAACAAGCCAAACUUGCUGGAGAUAUCAGUCAAAUUUACUUGCAUGUUCAAACGAGCAACACAGCUGCUGCUGACUUCUACAAAAAGAAUGAAUUCCAAGUCAUUAGCACUGAAAAGGAUUAUUACAAGAACAUUGAACCAAGAGACGCUUAUCUUUUAGCUACUGUACUUUAGAAAAUAAAUAA